AUGACUCUCACUUCUCGGCACAAAUUCAGGGGCCAGUGCAGAGAUGGUCCAGUAGUAUACGCAGCAUAUUUAAAAUUGGAGCACAGUGACGAGAACAUUAAAUUCUGGAUGGCAUGUGAAACCUACAAAAAGAUUGCCUCACGGAGGGGCAGGAUUUCCAGGGCAAAGAAGCUUUACAGCAUCUACAUCCAACCACAGUCCCCUAGAGAGAUUAACAUCGACAGUUCAACAAGAGAUGCUAUCAUCAAAAGCAUUCAAGAACCCACUCAGACGUGCUUUGAAGAGGCUCAAAAGAUUGUAUAUAUGCAUAUGGAAAUGGAUUCUUAUCCCAGAUUCUUAAAGUCUGAAAUGUACCAAAACCUUCUAAAAACAGUUCAGUCCCAAAGCUCUUGA